AUGCUCUCCUGGACCACGAAUAUCAUCCGAAAACAACUUGACAAGGCCAAACUUGAAGGAAUCUAUCCUGAAGACCAACCAUCGGCGCUCCCUCAUCUUGUGCCAGACACCGAUGCUCUAACAGAAUGCCCUGAAGAUGAAUCAUCUGAACCUAGCUCUGAUAGACGGAUGUCUUACCCACGAGCUGCCAAAUCUCAGACCAGCACUACAACUAUUCUUUCACACCCUACGACAACUAAUAGAUCAGAUGCUUCUGAUAGCUCUUCCAGUACCAUUCUUGGUGCUCAUGGCCCAGCUCUCACUCCGCAUGAACUCAAACUUAUUCACAUAUCAAUUGAACAAGCAAUAACCCCCUCCUGGCUUCCUGUAGUACCUUCGCUCUUUGGGACCACUGUGCAUGGCAGUGUAAAAGCUGUCCAAUGGCUUGUUUUGUACACAGUUUACAUGGUAUUCUCUUUAAUACCGUAUCAUGCAAAUGCUGAGCCAAAUUCCGAUUCUCAGAAGAUCCACACAGCGAUACUUCUUGCCACACAGAUUAUCAAUAUUUCUGUGUCCCGAGUCAUGAGUGAGGAGGAUAUCCAAUCUCUUGGAUUGCUACUUAAAACCUACCGUCAACAUCUUCAAACCGUAUGGCCUAACAUCAAGUCUAAACCCAAUCUGCAUUUUGCCCAGCACCUACCCAAUCAGUGUCGCCGCCUUGGACCCCCACCAUACACUGCUGCUUGGGUAGGAGAACGCCUGAUUGGUACACUUGUCCAAACACCAAAGAACUUUUGUGCAGCCAAUCUUUCUAUCACCUCACGAAAUAGUGCAACCAGAUGGAAGGAGUUUUCUCCACCUGGUGAUGUACUACAUGCGGUCAAGGAGCUUCUACAAUCAAAUUCGAGCGUCAGCAGUGCCAGUAUUGAUUUGAUGUCAACAUCCUUGUGGAGACAUAGUGGCAAGUCUUAUAGUAUAAGCUCACGCCACUUAGGUAACAGCUAUAUCGAGUAUCACAUCAAUGGGAAGCGUGGCUUUGGGUCAAUUGAACAUAUAGUUCGUCUAGUUAGUGAUAGCUUACCAAUAUUCGUUGUACAGGCUUUCUUGCCUCUUCAGCCAUCCGAUCAAAUUCAAAACCCUUAUCACCUAUCGCCUCACCUCAAAGCUGAUUUGAUGUAUGAACAAACUGAGCGAAGAUGUCUUUACCUCCAAAGUAUGUUUGGUCAUUGCGCAGCAAUCAAAAAUCCAGCCGGUACGUUUGCUAUCAAUAAACCAACAGUUCAACUAAUUGGUCUCCGAAGCAUGGGCAUCUGGGACAUGGCUUCGUCGGGAUUUGGUGAAAUUUAG